AUGCCUGCGCUCUUGGUGUUAGAGCGCGAGUCGGCAGCAGCAGCAGCGCCAUUUUGGGGAGCACGAGGCUCGGGCGCUAACCUUGUCCAGCCGCAACUUCGGCCUGAGGGGCCUUGCUGGGCCGCGAUUGCGGUGCGCAAGGCUCGGGCGUUGGCCUUGCUCGGCUGCGCCGACAAGCAGUUCCACGCGGCUUUGGACUGCGCCGACAGUCAGCUCCAUGGCGUGACGGGCCUUCCCAGCGGGGCUCUGUCAGCUCCGCAGCAGCAACAGCGGCAACCUACAGCAGCGCGACAGGCCUUCUUUGACGGGCCUUCUGGCCUUCACAGCAGGGUUCUUCUCUCCUGGCUUCCCGGCGGCGGCAGGAGUUGCGGGCGGUGGCGCGGUGGCACCCCGCCUCAGGUGCAGCAGCGCCAGUUUAAAGCACUCUUCCCACCCACUUACAGGCUUUUGGCUGGGGUUUCAUCACUGGGUAUUGUGCCUAAAAAGACGCCUGGAGAGUUCCGCCUCAUUCACCACCUCUCCUAUCCUCAUGGGCAGUCAGUUAAUGAUUUUAUUCCACCUCACUUAUGUUCAGUACGCUACACCUCUUUUGACUGUGCAGUGCGCAUGGUGGGAAGCAUUUCAGUAAUGAAUGAACAUUUAGACAACAAAUCCUAUGUCUCUGAGUUUCUGCUCCUUGAAUUCUCAGCAAUCCGAGAAAUGCAGAUUCUAUCCUUUUUUCUGUUCCUGGGAUUGUACCUGGCAAUUGUAUCAGGGAAUCUUCUCAUCAUCUCUGCAGUAGCCACUGAUCAUCACCUUCACACUCCCAUGUACGUCUUUUUGAUGAACUUGGCCAUCCAAGACCUUGGUAUUAUUUCAGUAUCUAUUCCCAAAUCCAUGGUCAAUUCCCUCAUGAAUGCUAGGCGCAUUUCCUAUGCUGGAUGUGUGGUCCAAGUUUUUGGAUAUAUCUUCUUUGCAGGCUCUGAUUUCUUUCUCCUCACAGCCAUGGCAUAUGAUCGGUAUGUUGCCAUUUGCAAUCCACUGCACUAUGAAAUGGUGAUGAACAGAACAGGUUGCAUCAAAAGGGUUGCUGCUGUGUGGGUUGCUGGCUUUCUUUAUGCAGUGCUGCACACUAGUGGAACUUUUGUAACCCCUUUCUGCUCGAAUGUUAUCAAUCAGUUCUUCUGUGAGAUCCCAAAGUUACUUACACUUGCCUGCUCUAACUCAUACUCACUAGAAAUUGGAGUUGUUAUCAUGAGUAUUAUACAUUUGUUUAGCUGCUUUGUGUACAUUGUUGUUACUUAUGUCCACAUCUUCACUGCUGUUCUGAAAAUCCCUUCCACUCAGGGAAGGAAAAAGGCCUUCUCCACUUGCCUACCCCACCUCAUAGUCUUCUCUGUAUUUUGUUUUACGGUAUGUUUUGCUUACCUCAGGCCUCCCUCUAGCACUCCAUCUCAUCUGGACUUUGUAUUAACUGUGAUGUAUAUUAUUGUUCCUCCCAUGUUCAAUCCAAUAAUCUACAGCAUGAGAAACAAAGAUCUAAAAAAUGCAUUGUCAAAGCUGUUGUGUUUGAGACACUCUUCAGUGUCAUUUACAACAUCCACAGAUAUGUAG